CUCUGCCGGAUUAUUAAUAAUCUUUUGAUAGAUCUUUGAAUGUCUCUGUAUCAAAUGCCGGCCGUUCGCCGGCUGAAUGUGCCUCGGCUGCUGAUUUCGGCCUCCACCCUCAAUGGGGGACGCUGGAGCUGAGCUCUGACAGCAUGAUCGACGGUCCCGAUCCCAAGGCGGCCGGACUGCGGGCUUCGGCAGAUUGAGGCUAUCUAAGGCCUAAGGUCAUUCAUUCAUUGUGCCUGGACAUUCCCGAGGUCAGGUUCAGAUCACAUAUAUAUUAAGAACUGGCUCGCCCACUCAUUUCGUCCACGCAUCUUCGUCAACACCUUCUCACUACAUCUGGGACAUCCCACAGAGAUCAUCUCGCUUAGAUCAUUCCCAACAUACCUGUCCCAAUGUCCAAGGUCAUCUUCAUCACUGGCUCAUCUUCUGGUCUGGGUCUCGAGCUCGUCAAAGCAGCUUUGAGCCAAGGUCAUCGGGUUGCAGCGACCCUGCGACAGCCCAAAGACUUUCCUCAAUCCCUUUUGACGGAGCAUGCCGACUCGCUGAAGACGUUCCCUCUCGAUGUCACCAACAAGGAUCAGGUGGAUUCUGCGCUGAAAGCCACCGUCGAGGCCUUUGGCAAGAUCGACAUCAUCGUCAACAAUGCCGGUUGGACAGUCAUGGGAGAAUUCGAGACUAUGCCGGAAGAUCUCGCUCGCAAACAAUUCGAGACCGUCUUUUGGGGUACUAUCAACGUUUUGAAAGAGUCCAUCCCGCUUUUGAGAAAACAAGGUGGUGGAAAGAUCGUCACCGUAUCCAGCAUGGUCGGCCUUGGGGGAGGUCUGCCGCUUCUAUCCUUUUUUGCCGCUGCAAAGUCCGGUGUAGAAGCUGUUAUCGACUCUGUCCAAGCUGAAAUGUCACCAGAUUGGAACAUCGAACUCCGAGUGGUCGAGCCUGGUGGUUUCAAGACCGAGGCGAUGAACAAAGCAGGCUUUGUCCCUCCCGUCGCACCCUACAACGCUCCUGAUCAUCCCAUGACUCACUUCCGGAAUUCCUUUGCCGGUGGAACUCUGGGAGACGCGAGCAAGGCAGCGCAGACCAUUCUCAAGUUCUCUUCUCUGGAAGCGUCUCCCGAUGUCGCUAAACCAGCAAGAUUGGUCAUUGGACAAGAUGGUAUUGGAUAUGUAGAUGCUAGAUUAGAUGGGCUCAAGAAGCAGCUCGCAGCUUGGAAAGACCUGGCAGCGGAGGCCAGCUGAGAGCAGUAUAAUAUCAGCAGAUUGCGUUGGAGGGAAUUGUCAUAGACUGUGACAGCGAGCGUGGUCGCCGCAUAGACUUAUCCUAGAUGAAUGAAUGUGAAUGAUUCACAUAUGACCGGAAUGAUGCAUGGCCGGAUUUCUAAAACUUUUUUCUCGGGCAUCGCUCUCAUCGGUCACCUUGUUUUGCCGGACCCAAGGCUUCAGUGGCUUCUUGCUGAAUUCAUAGGUCAAGCUCAC